AUGAUUUAAAGUUAAAAGAUUAGCCUUGCCAAUAAAAAUAACACUAACAACGAGACCUCGAAAAAUAGCAAUUUAAGGAGUAAAUUUAAUCCUAAUGUCAAAAUUGAUAAAACGCCCAUCUCACAGCAUAAGCAGAAAAAUAUAAUUAUUUCACCCCUUCGAAUAGACACUAAUCCAGUUUAAUAGCAAUCGAAAGAACAGGAGAGAGUAAUUCCAAAAAUAUUCAACGAUAGAUACAAUAGAAAGUAUUUACUGCCUCGUGCAUAAAAGCCAUUGGAUGAGUCAAGCACUUCCUUAUAAACUUCUUAAGUUAGGAUUAGUGAUCAAUCUAGAUUUGACAAUAUCAGUUACAAAAAUUCAAGUUAAAAAGAUAACGAUGUUGGAAAAUACUCUUCCAUUUAGUAAUCUCUUGAGAUGCUUAACAAGCCUAAGUAAAUGAUAAAAGAAUUCUCAAAGCUUUCAUUGAAAAGCAAAAAAAACACUAGAUUUGAAUCUGAGAUGAAUCAGUCAAUCAUUUUCUCUUAGAAAAUAAUGCCAUAGAAAAAUGAUCUCAAAUACAAAGGAGACAAUUUAUGGAUGUAUAAGAUCAAGCCUUUCAAAGUUAUAACUCCCCGAUUGUCUAGUGAAAAUCUACGUUACUAGGGAAUAAUGAGAAUGGCUGAAUAACUACUAAUUCAUAAUGACUAAAUAUAAAAACUUCAGCCGACGAUUUUGCAACGAAUAUAAAAAAUUGACAAGCAAGAGAGGAACUAGUACCAUUCAAGACACAUCACUCAAAAUACUUCAAUUAAAAGCAUCUUUGAUUCUAGGAAGUUUUCUAAUUUGUCUCAGUCAGUCAAUAUACUAAAAAUCAAUAGUUUGUAAAAAAUUACAAAGAUCUAUCAACUUGAUAGUAACUUGAGCAAAACCAAUGCUAAUGCUGGUGUUGGAAAUCAUAAAAAACUAGAGCCUAUCAAUAAAUACAGAACUACAAUUAGAUAGAAUGCUGGUGUCAAUGGUAAUGACAAACCUUACAUUUCAGAGGUUCAUAGUAAAGUUUAAUCAACAUCAAUCCUUAAUCAAACGCCACAUAGAUAUCUUAAAGAAAAUGGAGAUUCCUCAAUAUUCAUGGAAGAGUAAAAUGGAAAUAACAGAUCAGAAAUCUCUAAUUUGCAAACUGUGGUAUCUCACUUAUCAAAUAACUCUCAAAAACGAUAAUUAAAUCUUGUCCGAUACAAUCAGUGGAACGGAGGUGAAACCACCAAUCGUUAGCAAUUUGAGUAGUAUUUCAAUUAGAAAAAAUAGAUUCGUUAUCUAAUAGAGUAGUCAAUUACCUCAGUUAACAAGUAGUUUGAAUAGUAAUAAUAACAACAUCCAGAUUUUAAAUAGAAAAGGAAGUUUAAUGCCGAUUUAGAUCUAAAAUCAAAGAGGAGAUUAAAGUAGCAGUGA